CUCUGCCCCGUCCGUCUCUCUCUAAAAAAGAAAGAGAAGGAAUGUUUCGCAGCAAUCAUCACCAUCAGCUUCGUCUUCUUCUCUGAAACAACAACAAACUCCAGCGAGACUUCUUCACUUAUUAUUAUUAUUAUUAUUAUAUACACUUUACAGACUCUCUCUCAGAGAGAAAGGUACUAACUUUAACUUGGGAGAGAUAUGGGAGGCGUGACAUCAUCAAUGGCGGCGAAGCUAGCCUUCUUUCCGCCGAAUCCGCCGUCUUACAAGAUCACCAGAGACGAGGCAACGGAGCUUCUGCUGAUGGACCCUUUCCCACAUCGAGAAAACGUCGACGUUCUGCGUCUCCCGACGCGAAGAGGCACGGAGAUCGUGGCCAUGUACAUCAGGUACCCUAUGGCGGCAACGACUCUUCUGUAUUCACACGGGAAUGCUGCUGAUAUAGGUCAGAUGUACGAGCUCUUCAUCGAGCUCAGUAUUCACCUCCGCGUCAAUUUGAUGGGGUACGACUAUUCAGGGUAUGGCCAAUCAUCAGGGAAGCCCAGCGAGCAAAAUACUUAUGCUGAUAUUGAGGCUGCUUACAAAUGUCUGGAAGAGAACUAUGGAGCAAAGCAGGAAAACAUUAUUCUGUAUGGUCAAUCUGUAGGGAGUGGUCCGACCGUUGACCUCGCUGCACGUUUGCCUCGUCUAAGAGCUUCCAUUCUCCAUAGUCCAAUUCUUUCUGGGCUUAGAGUCAUGUAUUCCGUCAAGCGAACUUAUUGGUUUGACAUAUACAAGAACGUUGACAAGAUUUCUCUGGUGAGGUGUCCUGUCCUCGUGAUCCAUGGAACAGCGGAUGAUGUGGUUGACUUCUCGCAUGGGAAGCAGCUGUGGGAACUCUGCCAAGAGAAAUACGAACCGUUAUGGCUCAAAGGCGGGAACCAUUGCGAUCUCGAGCUCUUCCCCGAGUACAUUGGCCAUCUCAAGAAGUUCGUGUGCGCCGUGGAGAAAUCAGCAUCGAAAAGGAACAGUUCUUUCUCGAGAAGAAGCAUGGAAGGAGGAGACCCUCCUCCUCGGCAUAGCGUAGAUGCACCGAAGAAGAGCAAGGACGGAAGAGAAAAACAACCGAGGAAAAGCGUGGACAGGCUCAAGUUUCAAGGAUACAAGCUGAGCCACAUUGAGAGACCUGAGAAGCUGAAGAUUCCGUUUGAGGAAAUGGAGAGGUCGAGGAGGAGUGUGGACAUAUACAGAGAUAAGUCUCAGACGAUGGAGAGAGCACGUAAGAGCGUGGAUUGGUUGGACAGAAACCGAAUUAACGAGUGAGGGGUUUGAUGUUUAAAGAUUCGUAUUUGAGUUUCGGUUUUAAUUUAUUGGGAUGUGUUUUGUAUUCUAGUUUUUGUUUCCGUGUCAGACUAAGGAAUCAACAGAUAAUAGAUUUUAACCAAUUCGCCAACU